AUACUUUUAAUAUACCUAGAAGAGACUGUACUUCGAAGCUUUUUUAAAAAAAUACGUCGUUACAUAUAAUAAUAUACAAUUAUAACUUAUAAACAGUUGACUAGGCAGAUUCAAGAUUACAAUAAUUAAUGUGUAUAGUUUAAAUUAUAAAUUAAUAUUAACACUUUUCUAAUCAUAAUAUUCUUGUUCCAAAACAGUGACGCGUAUGUGACUUACUGUUAACGAUAUAUAACAUAAUAUUAUUUUCAAAUUAAAACAGGUAAUUUUUGAAGAAAAAAAUCUCAAUAUUUUAUAAAGAAAUUGUGUAAAUUAUGAAUAAUACAUAUUUUAAGCAAUUUGGAUGCAAUUAAUAUUAAAUCAAAUAAUAUAUAUUGAAAUAGGAUAAUCAGAUCAAAAUACGUAAUAAAAAACUAUUUUUUGAAGCCAUUAAUAAUACUAUCAUUUACUCCACAUUAUGUACAGAGUAAUAACGGAUGCAGAUAAUAAAGUCAUACGGCCUCAAAAUCCAAGAAAAAAUGCAAAUAUAUUUGAAAUUAUUUCAUUUAGCUGGUUGUUAAAUCUAUUUAAGACAGGACAAAAAAGGGAUUUAGAAGAAGAUGAUUUAUAUACCACAUUAAACGAUCACAGUUCGUCAUUGUUAGGAAACGAAUUAGAAAAAAAAUGGAGAUUAGAACUUGCGAAUGCACAUAAGAAAAAUCGAAAUCCUAGUCUAUUGAGAAUUUUGAUUGGAAUAUUUGGGUAUGAAUUUAUGUUUUAUGGAUUUAUACUCUUUGUCGAUAAAGGUAUAUUGAGAGUAUCCCAACCUUUAUUUAUUGGUGGAAUAAUAUCAUAUUUCAACCCAAACGACUCUGACAAAGUGGACUUAGCGUAUGCAUUAAUUUGUGCAUUUGGUCUAGCAUUUAGUAUAUUUAUUUCAAUAAUUUUGUAUCACGCAGCACAAAUUGAAAUCUUACAUUGCGGGAUGAAAAUUCGAGUUGCUUGCUGUUCAAUUAUAUAUAGAAAGUUAUUACGCCUAAGUCACACAGCAAUUGGUAAUACUACAGUCGGCCGAGUGAUUAAUUUGUUAUCGAAUGAUGUAAGUCGAUUUGAUAAAUCAGCUACAUUUCUCCACUACAUAUGGAUUUGUCCACUGCACAUGAUUUUGGUCACGUAUUUGUUGUGGCAGGAAAUUGGUGUAUCUUCAUUAUUACCCAUAGUUGUACUGUGUUUUGUUAUUUGGUUUCAAGCAAUGUUAGGACGAAAACUUAGAGGGCAGCGAAAGAAAACAGCUAAAAAAACUGACGAAAGAAUACGUUUAAUGAAUGAAAUAAUUUCUGGCAUAAAAGUAAUCAAGAUGUACACUUGGGAAAUACCUUUUGGAAAACUAAUUGAAUAUUUAAGAAAAAUGGAAAUCCGACAUAUACAAAUAGGAAUGUACAUCAGGAAUACUAUGCUAGCAUUAGUAUUAAUUCAAUCAAGGUUUCAACUAUUUUUUAGUAUUUUGUCAUACGUAUUGCUAGGAAAUUAUAUCUCAGCACAAAAGGUUUUUAUCAUGUAUACUUUGUAUAAUAUAUCAAUCCUCCCUAUACAUUGUUUUAGUCAAAGUAUAUCGGAAGUAAUCGAAUUACAAGUUUCAAUCAAACGCAUACAGGAUUUCUUAUUACUAGAAGAGAAGGAUAAUCAAUUACCAAAUAAAUCAAAAUCUGGUGAACCAAUAAAUAAUACUCUAAACAAUUUAACAGAGCAUAUUGCAGGUGAUGAUGGAGUUUUAAGACAUAACACUAAACUUUCAAAUACUCAUAGUAUAGUAUUGUCAAAGGCAACUGCUAAGUGGACGGAUAUUCAGACAAACAACACUCUAGAAAACAUUAAUCUGUCUGUUGCACCAGGUCGAUUGAUCGGAAUUAUUGGUCCAGUGGGUGCUGGAAAGAGUUCAUUAUUUCAAGCUAUUCUACGAGAAUUACCACUUUCCGAAGGCUCCUUAGAUGUGCAUGGUGUAAUUUCUUAUGCAUCUCAAGAGCCGUGGGUAUUCUCUGGUUCAAUAAAACAGAAUAUCAUAUUCAAUUCACCAAUUGAUGAGUAUCGUUAUAAACAAGUAAUAAACGUAUGUGCUUUGAAAAAUGAUUUCGAAAAGUUUCCAUAUGGUGAUAAAACAACUGUGGGAGAAAGAGGAGUUACUCUAAGUGGAGGACAAAAAUCAAGAAUAAAUUUAGCUCGAGCCAUCUAUAAACAAGCAAAUAUUUAUUUAUUGGACGAUCCUCUUUCAGCUGUAGAUCCACACGUUAGCAGUCAUUUAUUUGAAAAAUGCAUUAAAGGUUUCCUUAAUGAAAAAACUUGUAUUUUAAUCACACAUCAAAUACAGUAUUUGACUAAGGUCGAUACAAUUUUCCACAUAGAUAAUGCACAAAGAAUAGUUGAAAGUACUUAUGAAGAACUUCAAACAAUCGAUUUAAGCUUUCUGAAAUCUCCUCAAUCUCCAGUCACGCCCGAUAAUCAAUCUAUAUCUUUUAAUAAUGAUAGUGAUUAUAGUGUUGGAAAAAAAUCUAUUUUUGAUCGAAAAAUAUCUGCAACGAGUGAUGUGUCAUUAAUGUAUGAUAGUAAAGAAAAUACAAAUCAAGAAGAACAAGUGAAAAUAGUUGAAAUUCGAUCUUCAGGAAAUAUUUCAUGGGAUACCUAUUUGGCAUAUUUUUUAGAUGGAGGAAAGAUAAGCAAAAUAUUAAGUUUAAUAUUUACGAGUAUUUUGUAUCAAACAGUGGCAUCUUGCGGAGAUUUAUGGAUUACAUAUUGGGUGAAACUAGAAGAAUCAGUAUUUUAUAACGAAAAUUCGUCUACGCCAACGACCAAAAAUUCAAUCAACACAAUUUUUCAGUGGCCAAUUAGUCGAGAAACAUGUAUUUAUGUUUUUUCUGCUAUUACUGCUUGUAUAAUAAUAGCAAUCAUCCUUAAUAUAUUUACUUUUGUAUUGGUUUGCAUGAGGGCUUCCACGAAUUUACACAAUAAUAUGUUUACCGCGUUGAUCAGAGCUAAAAUAAAUUUCUUUAAUACAAAUUUAUCAGGAUCUAUUCUUAACCGUUUUUCUAAGGACUUGGGUGCUAUAGAUGAUAUGUUGCCACAAACCUUGAACGACUGUUUACGUCAUGGAUUGAAUUGUAUGGCAGUUUUGAUCAUUGUUAUGUAUAUUAACAUUUACCUAAUAUUACCCACCAUCGUCUUAGCGUUUACCUUUUACAAGAUAACAGCAUUUUACUUGUCAUUGUCUCGAAGUGUAAAACGGUUGGAAGGAAUAACUCGUAGUCCUGUCUUUACUCAUUUGAAUGCGAGUAUUCAGGGUUUAACAACUAUAAGAGCAUUUGAAGCGGAAAACAUUUUGUCAAAUGAAUUUGAUGUCCAUCAAGACUUACAUUCUUCAGCGUGGUAUUUAUUUUUAACAUCAAGCAGAGCCUUUGGAUUUUGGUUAGAUAUUAUUUGCUUUAUCUAUACAUGUAUAGUCACAUUCAGUUUCUUGGCAUUAAGAAACAGUACAUUUGGAGGAAAUGUUGGGCUUGCUAUAACACAAGCUUAUGGACUAGCUGGAGUCUUGCAAUGGAUGAUGAGGCAAAUGGCUGAAUUAGAAAACAACAUGACGUCAGUUGAAAGGGUACUAGAAUACACAAAUUUACCCCAAGAAGGUUCUAUUGAACCAUGCUCAGAUAAAAAAACACCAUUAAAUUGGCCUUCAGACGGACAAGUUACAUUCAUAAACUUUUAUUUACGAUAUGAACCGAAUUCACCGUGUGUUAUAAAUCACCUCAAUUUAAAUAUCGAAUCAAUGCAAAAAAUAGGAAUUGUUGGUAGAACUGGCGCAGGAAAAUCGUCUUUAGUCGGGUCAUUAUUUAGAUUAGCUUUCCAUGAAGGUAAUAUCAUCAUUGACGGUAUUGAAAUUCAUGAAAUUGAUCUGUAUGAGUUACGGUCCAAGCUCACUAUCAUUCCUCAACAACCAGUAUUGUUUUCGGGAACAGUUCGAAAAAAUUUGGAUCCUUCAGAAGAAUACCCAGAUCAUAUUCUUUGGAACGCAUUAGAUGAAGUGGAGCUUAAAGAUAUUGUUGAAAAUUUACCAGAUGGUCUUAGUUCAAAAAUUUCUGAAGAUGGUUCCAAUCUCAGUGUUGGUCAAAGACAAUUAGUAUGCCUUGCUAGGGCUAUUGUUCGAAAUACCAAAAUUCUUGUACUGGAUGAAGCCACUGCUAACGUCGAUCAACAAACUGAUUUAUUGAUUCAAAGGACAAUCAGAAAUAAAUUCCGAGCAUGUACUGUCUUAACAGUUGCUCAUCGGUUAAACACUGUUAUUGAUUCGGACAAGGUGCUUGUUAUGGAUACAGGAUCAAUGGUCGAAUUUGACCACCCGCAUAAUUUAUUGCAAAAUAAAGAAGGAGCUUUUUACAAAAUGGUAGAACAAACGGGACACGAUACAGCUGAUUUAUUGCAUAGAUUAGCCGCAGAGAGUUAUAAAAUGGCAAGUUUAAAUGUUGUAACUUAAUCAAAAUCAUUCAUUAAGUAUGCAGAUCAAAUCGCCAAGAAAAACUCAUAAGUAAAUUAGUAUAAGUAUUAAGUGAUUGUUUAUAUUUCAAAUUGAA